AAGCACCGGGAAGGGAAGAGCCGGGAAGGGGCCCGGGAAGCGGCGGGCGGUGAGUGCGGGGGAAGGAGGAGGGGGCUCCGGUGCGGUGCUGUGUUUCCCCCCCCUGCCUCCGCGUCCGGCCCUCGUUUCGGCUUCGUCCUGGGUGUUCGUGGAGCCGCGGUCUCGCUCCGUCCGGGAUCUUCCCUGGGACACGUUUGGUCCGGGAAAGCUUACCAGAGAAGACCAAGAUGAGUCUACGGAAGCAAACCCCGAGUGACUUCCUAAAACAAAUCAUCGGAAGGCCAGUUGUUGUAAAAUUAAAUUCUGGAGUUGAUUAUCGAGGUGUCCUGGCUUGCCUGGAUGGGUAUAUGAAUAUAGCUCUGGAACAAACUGAAGAAUAUGUAAAUGGACAAUUAAAGAACAAGUAUGGGGAUGCAUUUAUCCGAGGAAAUAAUGUGUUGUACAUAAGCACUCAGAAGAGGAGGAUGUGAAGAUGCCAGAAGGAGGCUGUUUUGUACCUGUGAACCUCUUUGAAGUGAUGAGCCCUAUUUGAUUUGUAGUUCAUAAUCCACAGGUGAAAUACAGAAGUGUCUAAAUAUUUUUUUUAAAUAAAUGUAAACCAGUGUAAACUUCCUGGAUGGUUUUUUUUCAAAGCAUUGCUUUGUUCCACUGUACAGAAUAAAAUAAAAGAGAAGCAUACAAUAGUGCCACAAGUCUAA